UUUAUGUUAUAUGCUUACAGAUUCAAUCUGUGUACCAGGCUUUGAUCCAAGCCUUAGCAUGAUGACUGGAAUCACUCCGAUUAACCCAAUGAUACCAGGCAUGGGGUUAGUGCCACCACCGCCACCAACAGAUGUGCCUGUAGUCAAGGAAAUAAUUCACUGCAAAAGCUGCACACUCUUCCCUCCAAACCCAAAUCUUCCACCACCUUCAACAAGAGAGAGACCUCCUGGGUGUAAAACAGUGUUUGUUGGAGGAUUACCAGAAAACGCAACAGAGGAAAUUAUUCAGGAAGUCUUUGAGCAGUGUGGAGAUAUAACAGCAAUUCGGAAAAGCAAGAAGAAUUUUUGUCACAUUCGUUUUGCAGAGGAGUUCAUGGUUGAUAAAGCCAUUUACCUUUCUGGUUACCGCAUGAGAUUAGGAUCUAGCACAGACAAAAAGGAUUCAGGCCGCCUUCAUGUUGAUUUCGCUCAGGCAAGAGAUGACUUUUAUGAAUGGGAAUGCAAACAAAGAAUGCUGGCCCGAGAAGAACGCCACAGACGUAAAAUGGAAGAAGACAGACUGCGCCCUCCUUCUCCUCCAGCAAUAAUGCAUUAUUCUGAACACGAAGCUGCUUUGCUGGCUGAAAAAUUGAAAGGUAAGCAGCAUUUCAUACUUUGCAGUGCAUUAUUCCUUAAGAACAGGGGCCAUCCAGAAGUCAGAACAUGGGAGAUGGUUUCUCUCUGAUGUAUUUCAUUACUU